AUGGACCUGCGCACGGCCGUGUACAACGCGGCCCGCGAUGGGAAGCUGAAGCUGCUGCAGAAGCUGCUGGGCAGCCGGAGCCGGGAGGAGCUGGAGGCGCUGACGGCGGGGCCCGGCGGGGGCGACGGCCCCGGGGGAGGGAGCACCCCGUUGCUGAUCGCGGCCCGGCACGGGCACCUGGAGGUGGUGGAGUACCUGCUGGAUCACUGCGGGGCCCGCGUGGAGGAGGGGGGCUCGGUCAACUUCGAUGGGGAGACCAUCGAGGGGGCCCCGCCGCUCUGGGCGGCCUCCGCUGCCGGGCACCUGGGGGUGGUGCGCAGCCUCCUGGAUCACGGCGCCUCGGUGAACCAGACCACGCUGACCAACUCCACGCCGCUGCGGGCUGCUUGUUUCGAUGGGCACCUGGAGAUUGUGCGCUACUUAGUUGGGGAGCGCGGGGCUGACCUGGAAGUAGCCAACCGGCACGGACACACUUGUUUGAUGAUUUCUUGCUACAAAGGGCACCGGGAAAUCGCACGUUACUUGCUAGAGAAAGGGGCUGAUGUCAACCGCCGGAGCGUGAAGGGGAAUACGGCCCUGCAUGACUGCGCUGAGUCCGGCAGCCUGGAGAUCCUGCAGCUAUUGCUCCGCUCCAAGGCCCGCAUGGAGAAAGAUGGCUAUGGCAUGACUCCUCUGCUAGCUGCCAGCGUCACUGGUCACACCAACAUCGUGGAGUACCUCAUCCAAGGAGGGCUGCAGCAGGAGGAGGAGGAGGAGGCUGCUGUGGAAGCGCUGGAGUUGCUGGGUGCGACAUUUGUGGAUAAGAAACGUGACCUUUUGGGAGCCCACAAGUACUGGCGAAGGGCGAUGGAGCUUCGGUGUGAGGGCGGGCAGUACCUGCCUAAACCUGAGCCCCGGCAGCUGGUGUUGGCCUACGACUAUUCCCGGGAAGUGAGUUCGCUGGAGGAACUGGAAGCCUUGAUUACUGAUCCGGAUGAGAUGCGCAUGCAGGCGCUGCUGAUUAGAGAGCGCAUCUUGGGGCCUUCCCACCCAGACACUUCCUAUUACAUCCGUUACCGAGGGGCAGUCUAUGCCGACUCCGGCAACUUCGAACGCUGCAUUAACCUGUGGAAGUAUGCUCUGGACAUGCAGCAAGGCAACCUGGAGCCUCUCAGCCCGAUGACUGCCAGCAGUUUCCUUUCCUUUGCUGAGCUUUUCUCUUACGUGCUUCAGGACCGCUCCAAAGGCACUUUAGCGACUCACUUGGGCUUCUCUGACCUCAUGGGAGUACUGAGCAAAGGGGUCCGGGAGGUGGAGAGGGCGCUCGUGCAUGGCAAGGACCCUGUAGUUGACUCGGCGCAGUUCACCAAGACGCUGGCCAUUAUCCUCCACCUCGUCUUCUUGCUGGAGAAGGUGGAGUGCACCCCGGAGCAGGAACACCAGAAGCGCCAGACUAUCUACCGCCUGCUAAAGUGCAGCCCCCGGGCCAAGAAUGGCUUCACUCCUUUGCAUAUGGCUGUGGACAAAGAUACCACAACAGUGGGACGUUAUCCCGUGGGCAAGUUCCCAUCGCUCCACGUUGUGAACUUGCUUCUGGAGUGCGGGGCUGACCCGGAUAGCCGUGACUAUGACAACAACACCCCGCUGCACGUUGCUGCCCGCAACAACUGCCCGCUGAUCAUGAGUGCCCUGAUGGAGGCUGGAGCCCAUAUGGACGCCACCAAUGCCUUCAAGCAGACUGCUUAUGAGCUGCUGGAUGAGAAGCUGCUCACCAAGAGCAUGAUGCAGCCCUUCAACUAUAUCACCCUCCAGUGCCUUGCUGCUCGAGCCCUGGACAAGCACAAGAUUCCCUACAAGGGUUUCAUCCCCGAGGAGCUGGAAGCCUUCAUUGAACUGCACUAGGGCGGGAGAGCUGAAGUCCCCAGCCUUUCGCAUCACCUCUUUCACCCCGCAGAGGUAGUGCAGCCUGAGAUCCCAGGCCAUCCUUGCCUCGGUGCCGAAGGCCGUCGCCACGCUGAGACGGGCUGCGAGCUUUGUCCUCAUCUGUCACCAUCAGGCUGGUGUGCGCAGGGGUAGGGGAGGAGGAGGCUCGAGAGCUCAUGGCUGUCCCUCAUUGUUGUCACCUUCAGGUACCAGAUAUCUCCAGUGCACUGUAUCCAGAGAAGGCCGCAGCCCCUGCCCUUUCCCAUGCCAACCGUCUUGUCCUGAGAAGGAAGGAAAAUGGAGAUCCCUGGGACCUGCUGCCUCUCCCAUUAGUGCUGGAUUAACUCAGCGUUAAGCUUUGGAGCAGCUACACAUCACAUACGUGCUCUAGCCCUUCCCAUCCCAAAUACCAAACAGAUAGAAAUGCAA